GUCGGUUGGGUCUCGGUUCGGGUGGGUUCGUCGCGCUCGCCUUCUCCUCCGAGCGAGUUCGGUUAAAACCCUAGCCUCCGCGAUCCCGCGGCUACCUUUCCCUUCUUCCCCUCUCUACACACCGCCUCCGGCCGGUGAAGAGGCGGCGGCUGCUGCUGCUGCUGCUGCUUUGCGGCGUGCGGGCGCGCACGCGCAGCUCCGACUCUCCACGCUCCGUCGUAGGAUCUGAGAGGGUUGAGGGAACGCGAAGCGGGAGCCUUCCUCCCGAUCCCUCCAUCCCCGGGGGCGAACGAUUUUGCGUGGCGUCGCGGGACUCGUCCCGGUGGCCCCACUCUCUGCUGCGGCGGAGCUAACCUCAGCCCUGACAGAAGAUGUGUUGUGUGGCUAUCAGGGAGGGUAUCAACAAGUCUGAAGUUAUUGGUGCUCUGUCAAAACCAGAAAGGAAGUAUUCUUAUUGAGCACUAUGAUCACGCAAGCCUAUAAGAAGAGGAGGGCUGCUUAUAUAAGCAGUGGGUCAGAAGGUUCUGGUACAGAUUCCGAGGUUGAGGGAAGUAAACUCGCUAAAAAAUCUGAGAUGACAUCAAUUUCUACAUCAGAGCACCAACCACUCUCUAAUAACAUGGCUGAAAGCAUGAAUGUUAGCAAGACAAGGCUGUGUGGGAAAAUUCUGAGGAAGCUUAUGGAUCACAAAGGUUGUUGGCUUUUUGAUAAACCAGUCGAUCCUGUUCUUUAUGGGAUUCCUGAUUAUUUUGAUGUUAUCCGCAAUCCAAUGGACUUGGGUACGGUUAAGAAGAAACUCAGAAACAAGCAAUAUGUUAGCACCAGUGAAUUUGCAGCAGAUGUGAGGCUAACAUUCUCAAAUGCAACGAAGUAUAAUCCUCCAGGAAAUGAUGUCCACAAAAUUGCUGAACAGUUAAAUAGAAUAUUUGAAUCAGAAUGGAAAUCAGUGGAAAGAAAAUGGAGCUACGGGAACCCAGCACAAGAGCAGCAACCAAUGAAAGCGACAAAGGCUCAAGCAGCCAUGAAUUCAGAGUCUCUGAUUCCUAGAGGAUUGGUUGCACACUCAAAUUCAAUUGUAAAGGAGCCAUUGAUAAAUGCAAUAUCCUCCAAAGUCAAAAUUAAAUUUUCUGUGCGAGGCUCUGAGAAGACCUCUUCCAAAGAUAUGCAUUUUCAUGCAGCUAGUAGCCGAGAGUGCUAUUUAGAUAAUUCCAUCCUUUCCACCAAGGAGAAUGCUGAAAUAUCAAGGGUACCAUCAAAUGUGAACAGCUUUGAAUCAAGUAUUUCAAGUGGAAAUGAAUCACUGUCUUGCACAUCACCUCUAGCUUCCUCCGGGCAAGGAGAGGAGAGUUAUUUACACCUUGAACCUUUGUCACCAAGUAAAGCCCUUCGUAUAGCAAUGCUCAAGAGUCGUUUUGCUGGAACAAUCGUGAAGGCGCAGCAGAAUGCACUUCUGGAUCAUGGAAAGGAAAUAGAUCCUGCAAAAUUGAAGUUGGAAAAAGAGAGGCUUGAAAAAAGGCAGCAAGAAGAGAAAGCAAGGAUUGAGGCCCAGGUAAAGGCUGCUGAAGCUGCUGCACAAUUGAAGCUAAAGGAAGAAAUGAGGAUGAAGCGUGAGCAGGAAAGAAAAGCUGCACGGCUGGCACUACACAUGAUGAAGAAGACCGUUGAUAUUGACAACAGUGACUUUCUAAAGGACCUGGAGAACUUGUGCCAAAAGUGGCAAUUGAAUCCCCCAAGCAAAUUAAUUGUAGAUUUUGUCAAUGGGAUUGAGUUACCAGCUGGCCUCAGGAGCCCGCUGGAGGCACUUGGCCUAUUCAUGAAGAAUGAUCUUGAGGAAGAGGUCGAACAUGAAAUGGAGAACAGCAUAUCACCCUUCCCCAAUACCAAUGUCGAGGAAGGAGAGAUCAACUACUGUCAAUAGCGUGCCUCUAAAAUAUCCAUUUUUCUUUGCUCCAGACCUUGAACAUGCUUGCUGGAAUUAUAAGAUUAUGUGUGCGCGCUAUGUAAUCUAUUCCACAACCUUACAACCUCAUGAGCGGGGUAAAGUAUUAGUUCAUGUGGUCUGUGUCUUCUAACCUAUUACCAGAAUGAUUCUUGCCGAAUUCUGGAGUAGAUCGAUUAAUUUGGGCUCUGCUGCCAGAUUUAUUGCCGUCACGUGCCAAUGUAUGUUCGAGGUGUGCAAGUCUAUUUAGAGUGAGCUCUUGACUAACGAGAGAAGAAAAAAAGAGUACUGAGAUGUGUAUGUUGUAGUUAUUAGUGCCAAAGAAGGAAGUUUGCUAUUCACAGUGUACCUUGUUCUCA